AAUCAAUCAGGAUGGCCGAGACGCUGACUCUGCGCGGCGAGCUGACCGGCCACCGGGGCUGGGUCACCGCCAUCGCGGCCCCCCUGGACCCCACCAGCGAGACCCUGCUGUCCAGCUCUCGGGACAAGACCGUGCUGGUCUGGCAGCUGGGCAACGCCGAGGACGGCAGCCUGGGCUACCCCAAGCGCGCCCUGCGCGGCCACAGCCACUAUGUGCAGGACGUCGUGAUCUCCUCUGACGGCCAGUUCUGCCUGACCGGCUCCUGGGACGGCACCCUGCGCCUGUGGGACAUCAACACGGGCGCCACCACCCGCCGCUUCCUGGGCCACACCAAGGACGUGCUGUCGGUCGCCUUCUCCGCCGACAACCGCCAGAUUGUGUCUGGCUCUCGCGACAAGACCAUCAAGCUGUGGAACACGCUGGGCGAGUGCAAGUACACGAUCGGCGAGCCCGACGGCCACACCGAGUGGGUGUCCUGCGUGCGCUUCUCCCCCGUCACCCAGAACCCCAUCAUCGUGUCGGCGGGCUGGGACAAGGCCGUCAAGGUGUGGAACCUGACCAACUGCAAGCUGCGCAACAACCUGGUGGGCCACCAGGGCUACGUCAACACCGUCACCGUGUCUCCCGACGGCUCGCUGUGCGCGUCGGGCGGCAAGGACGGCGUGGCCAUGCUGUGGGACCUCUCUGAGGGCAAGCGGCUGUACAGCCUGGACGCCACCGACAUCAUCCACUCCCUCUGCUUCUCCCCCAACCGCUACUGGCUCUGCGCCGCCACCCAGGGCUCCAUCAAGAUCUGGGACCUGGAGAGCAAGAGCCUGGUGGACGAGCUGCGCCCCGAGCUGCCCGAGCGCAGCAAGAAGGCGCAGGUGCCCUACUGCGUGUGCCUGGCCUGGAGCGCCGACGGCUCCACCCUCUACUCCGGCUACACCGACGGCCUGAUCCGCGUGUGGCAGGUGGGCCGCGCCCUCUGAGCGCCCCGCCACGGCGCCUAGCCAUGCCCGCCCGGCCAGCCGAGGCGACGGCGGCGGCGGC